GCCAACACUUGAGGUCUCACUUCAACUCCAGUGAAUGCCGCUGGUUCACGUGCGAAGAGUACCAUCAUCAAGCCAUUGCAUGCACACAUGAAAUGCAUAUUGCUCGGCCUUUUGCAUUGAAGGCGAUCGGCCCGCUGAAACGAAGAUGUUGAUGCCCAAGAGAAACCGUGUGGCCAUCUACGAGAACCUCUUCAAGGAAGGGGUGCUGGUGGCCAAGAAAGACUGGUACGCGCCCAAGCACGGAGAACUGGAAGUGCCCAACCUCCAGGUCAUCAUGGCCAUGAAGUCCCUGAGGUCCCGCAACUAUGUCAGGGAGCAGUUUUCCUGGCGGCACUACUACUGGUACCUGACUAAUGAGGGGAUCCAGUACUUGAGGGAGUACCUCCACCUGCCACCUGAGAUUGUCCCGGCUACGCUGAAGAGACAGGCUAGAGCUGAGACGGCCAGGCCAAGACCCACAAAGGAUAUGGCGCCUAGGGGCCCUGCUGCCGGCGACACCCAACGUGAUGCCUACAGACGCGGACCUCCUGGAGCUGGAGGCCAAGACAAGAAGGGUGACGUGGGUGCUGGACCCUCUCCUCAAUUUGAAUUUAGAGGCGGAUUCGGCCGUGGAAAUCCACCACCACAGUAGUGUACUAUCGGAGCAUCAUUCAUCCACAGUGGGGGGCAAUCGUAUUGUUACACCAGGCUGUGGCCAUUUUUGGCUUCAUGCACGAAGCCGUCAUGUUUGUGGCUGCGGCUUUUGAUAUUCUUCCAUUAUAUGCUUCACCAAUCCAUAGCCUUCAUGACAAUGUGGGCAAGGCCUGUGGCUAACAUCUCAAAUCAAAACAGACGGGUGCCUUGAUGUUGAUGGCUUAACAAACCAUGGUGGUGACUCAGACAACUAGACAAAGAUGGCUGCCGCCCAGUUAUUAUCAUUUCCUUGUGCAUAAUAUUCAAAUAAAAGUGGGUCGUUAACUAGGCCCAGAUCACGGAUCAGAAA